AUACCUACUUUACUCAUUGUAUAAAAGGGACUGCUAUAGACUGAUCUUAUUACAAUACGUAUUUAUUAUCCUUAUCUACUGAGUUACUUGAAAUAUGACAGAAUAGUGUAUAAUUAAAAAAAUGAGUAACAUGGCCCGUUGGCUCGACGUGGAAGUAGGCACAGAUGAGAUCGUGCUGAACACGUUACCAUGUGACUUAACUCUGGUGGACCUUCAUAAUGAUAAUGAAAUUAAACUUCUUGUCGGUGAUUUGGGAAAGGGAGAGGAGGGCCCAAAAUUGAAGGUUUUCAAAGGUACAUUGCAAGUAUCGGAUAUGGUUCUCCCAGACCUGCCUCUUGGUUUAGUUGGUUUCUACACGAGCGAGUCCGCGCGUUCCCAGCCAACUAUUGCCAUAGCAUUCAGCUCCUGCAUACAUAUGUACCGUAAUAUGAAGAUGUUCUACAAGUAUUAUCUGCCUACGGUUGAGCUUAGCACAUGUGAGAUGGAAGUGUGGAGACAGUUAAUGGAUCCACAAAACCACAAUUCUGAAGUCAUGACAACACUCACAGAGAGUCUUAAAUCUAUCCCAGAAAAAGUACUAACUCCACAAUCAAAGAACUUCUUGUCUAUGAGUGAAGACCAACAGCUGGAUUAUUUGGAAAACUUGAACGAGAUGCCUAGUAAGAAGAUGCCGGAGAUAGCUUGUAUGGCAACACUGAAGAUGCAAUCUGUGGAGCGGUAUUCAGUUAGCUGUUUGGUUGUUGGGUCUGAAGAUGGCGACGUGAUAGUAUUAGAAACUCAAACUUUCACACAAAUUGCUCAGGCUAAAGUUUGUUCUGUUAAGAAAACUCCAUGGUAUAUGGUAACAACGGGGCUGUUUAACGUUGACUACAGAAUUACAAUAGCCACAAGAGAGAAAUCUGUGUGUGUACUGAAAAGGGAGUGGCCUGAAGGUCGGCUGCUGUUCAGUACUGAGGAGCAUAUCAUAGCCAUGGAGGUUCUGACAUCCGACAAUAGUAUCAUGGUCAUUAGCACAGAUCAUACGAUGGCUUGCUACAGUAAAAAGGGAAAAAAGCAAUGGUCUAUGAACUUGGAACACAGGCCGGUGGCGAUGACGUUGAUACCAGUGAUGCACCUGGGUGUGACUUUGACAGCCGUCGCGCUCGCCUCCGGACAUGUCCAUCUUUACGACGGGAAGGCACGUCGAGACACGUUAUUUGUUAGAGAUGUGGUAUCGGUGAUGAAAUUCGGCCAGCUCGGUCAAGAGGAACAUGUGCUGAUCAUUGUGACUGGUGGUGGGAACCUAAUGUUGAAGAUAUUGAAACGGACCGCGGAUUUUAACGGCCACGCGGCCGGCGUGGAGAAUACAGCGAGCGCGGCGAUCGCGCAAAAACCAUGGCUGAUACCGAAGAAAUCCAAGUUGUUUCUAGAACAAUCUGUCAGGGAAAGGGAGAAUGCCAGCAUGAUGCACGAGAUCUUUCAAUUAGAACUGAACAAAUUGCGUUUGCUUGCUGCCAAGACCCUUCUAGAAGCUUACGUAAAAUGUGACAAUUCUAUAGGAGCGGGCGCAUUGGAGCCCGUCCGACUCACAGCUGAGGUAGAGGGAUUGGGUCCGGUCUUUCGUGUGGGGCUCAUCAUUGAGAACACAUCCUCAGAUAAGGCUGUCAUCGGACUGUCCAUACUGUUUCACGUUCACACGAGUAACUACAAGGUCUCCCAUCCGUACAUAAAGGUACCACUAAUAUCUCCAGGGUCAAAACUAAAAUUUCCCACCAAAGUGGAAGAAGUGUUUGAAGAGAAUAUAAAUCCUGAUGUAUUCUUCCGCACUGUUACCGGGCAGGGCGGGGAGGCGACACUAGUUAAGGUGCUCCUACUAAAGGAAGGGAAGACGGCUCCUGUGCUCGCCGCAACUGUUCAAAUGCCUGCUACCGAUCCUAUGAUGUUGCCAUAUGAGAAAUUGCAGAGCACACAGAAUUUUGAUCAGAAUGCAAUAUAA